GUGCUGUAGUUCAGGGAGAGCGGCUCCGUCAUAUAAACACAGGAGGAGGUGCAGAGAGGAGCGACCACGGAGGAGACCUGUCAGUCAGCGGCCCUGCUCUCCACACAGUUCAUUCAAGAUGCCUGGAUCAGCUCCGAUCAGUUGUAUGGGACCAUGGCCCAAAGACGUGGGCAUCAUCGCCAUGGAGCUGUACUUCCCGGCCCAGUACGUGGACCAAACUGAGCUGGAGCAGCACGACGGCGUGACAGCUGGCAAAUACACCGUGGGCCUGGGCCAAGCUCGCAUGGGCUUCUGCUCGGACUGCGAAGAUAUCAACUCCCUGUGUCUGACUGUGGUCCAGAGGCUGAUGGAGAGGAACGGCUUGUCCUACGACAGCGUCGGUCGACUGGAGGUCGGCACAGAAACCAUCAUCGACAAGUCCAAGUCUGUCAAGACGGUCAUCAUGCAGCUGUUUGAGGACUCGGGGAACACAGAUGUGGAGGGCAUCGACACCACAAACGCCUGCUACGGCGGCACAGCUGCGCUCUUCAAUGCCGUCAACUGGGUAGAAUCCAGCUCAUGGGAUGGCCGUUAUGCUUUGGUGGUAGCGGGGGACAUCGCUGUCUACGCAACAGGAAGUGCACGGCCCACAGGGGGGGCUGGUGCAGUGGCCAUGCUGGUCGGACCCAACGCACCUCUGGCUUUUGAACGAGGUCAGUGA